AAUAAGCCCUCCCAAAUUCCUUUCCCUUGCUUUUCGCUGUCUUCUUCACACGCGCCCCUCUCUCUCUCUCUCUCUCUCUCUCUCCAAUGGCUGCUUCUACUACUGUUAUAGCCUGGGGCUCUGGCGAAGAUGGGCAGUUAGGACUUGGGACCAACGACGAGAAGGAAUGGGUUUGCGUAGUUGAGGCCCUCGAGCCUUACGCUGUUCGCUCGGUCGUCUCCGGUAGUCGCAAUUCGCUCGCCAUUUGCGACGAUGGCACGCUGUUUACAUGGGGUUGGAAUCAAAGGGGUACAUUAGGACACCCGCCAGAGACCAAGACGGAGAACAUCCCAAGUCAAGUUAAGGCUCUUGCCAAUGUCAAGAUCGUUCAGGCGGCUAUUGGUGGUUGGCACUGUUUGGCUGUUGAUGAUCAAGGCCGAGCUUAUGCCUGGGGUGGUAAUGAAUACGGACAAUGCGGCGAAGAGCCUGGCAAAGAUGAAAUGGAAAGGCCUUUGCGGAGAGAUAUUGUCAUCCCCAAACGUUGUGCCCCAAAACUAGUAGUCCGACAGGUAGCUGCAGGGGGUACCCAUUCUGUGGUUCUCACUCGUGAAGGACAUGUGUGGAGUUGGGGUCAGCCAUGGCCUCCUGGUGACAUAAAACAAAUAUCUAUUCCUGUACGAGUUCAGGGUCUUGAAAAUGUGCGUCUCAUUGCUGUUGGAGCAUUUCAUAAUCUGGCUCUUGAAGAAAACGGGACAUUGUGGGCAUGGGGCAAUAACGAAUAUGGACAACUUGGAACGGGAGACACCCAACCAAGAUCCCAGCCAAUUCCAGUCCAAGGCCUUGACAGUCUCACUUUGGUUGACAUUGCUGCUGGAGGAUGGCACUCAACAGCUUUAACCGAUAAAGGGGAGGUGUAUGGUUGGGGGAGAGGGGAACAUGGGAGGCUCGGGUUUGGGGACAAUGACAAGAGCAGUAAGAUGUUACCUCAGAAAGUUAAUCUUCUAGCCGGGGAAGACAUCAUUCAGGUCUCUUGUGGUGGCACUCAUUCGGUUGCAUUGACACGAGAUGGCCGUAUCUUCUCUUUUGGUCGGGGAGACCAUGGUAGACUUGGGUGUGGGAGAAAAGUGACGACGGGACAGCCAUUGGAUGUUCCGGUAAAGAUCCCUCCACCAGAGGGACAGUUCAAUGACGCUGCAGAGGAUGACGACGGUAAAUGGGUUGCCAAGGUCGUUGCUUGCGGUGGCCGCCACACUCUAGCCAUUGUGGAAUGGAAGUCCGCCGCAAUUUGACCACACUCUCCGGCCACCAAAAGCCAUGGAAUGUGAAAAUACAUCAAUGAAGAUUCUUUUGCUGAGCAUAGUCUUAUUACUUGGAACUGGUUAUAGCCCUGAAUCAGAAUCUCUCUUUUCAUCCCAUGGGCAUGAAACAUCAUAUAUCUCAGAGUUUUUCAGUUGUGUUCCAGAGAAGUUGGACUACGUUUGAUGCUGAACCAAGUUCGGUUUUGGUGAUUUCAAUAAGAUUUUCUUCUUA